CGACGAAGCUGAUCGAUCAAACCAAAUUCAUUAUCGUGACGCGGCGCAGUAGCUCAGCUGAUUGAAAAGGUCAACAUAGUUAAUGAAGUGACAGGAGGCCCAACUUUACAUCAUGUACAUACAUCUUCUUGACUUUCGUUUCAUGUGAAAUCGGAAGAAUUCAGUACCUAAACUACUUUAAAAGUCAUUCACGCGUGUCGCCAGGAUCGAGACGUGAAGCUCUCACUUCCUUAUGCUUGUGACGUUACUGCAGUGCAGAUUGGGUCGAGUUCGACUUUCGACUUCAGCCUCACUCAGGGAGAUUUUUCUCCGUGAAUGAUGUUUCGACACUCUGGCUCUAGCCUUGGAAGUUGCUCAUCAGUCAUUGAUCAUUCCGCGGUCCAGCUAGCUUGAUGAAUGCAUGUAUAGCAGCAAGUCGGUGAUGGUAACCUCAGAUUCAGUGUAAUGGUUGUAUUCUACGAAAAUUGGCUGCACAUGUAACAUGCCCGCAGCGGAGUUGUGGAGUUUGUACAUCUACAAUGAGCCAAACAGCUAGCAGAAGCCACACCGCAGGGGUCUCCGAUGACCCACCUACCAAUACUGGAAACUCCGCCUCCCAAACCACCGUUCGUGGCGCAUCGUCCACAAUGCAAGUUGGCUUGGGCAAUGAUGAAGUGGAAUGCUACGGCUACCGGUCCAGCAUUCCCAAGUGGGUCCUGGUGGCCUUCCUGACCGUCCUCACACUGGGCAUGGUGCACCUGGUCUUCUACUGGAAGCCCGAGUGGGGCCUGUGGUGUACCCAUUCCCCAUGUCCGCUCCGGGAUGCUGAGAUGGUCCUACUCAAGGACGAAUAUGGCCAGUACUUUGUGGAGAAAAUUCGCAUCCGGCCCAUUGAAGAAGGAUUGAUCAAACAGAUAUAUCCUGAGAGGAAAGAGCUUGACCCAAAACACCGAGAAAAUGACAGAUUAUUGGGCAUUUAUAUAGCCUCAGACUUCACCAAGGGGGUCAUGAGAUACAGCAUCAACACUGGAUUCAGAGAUGGCUCUGUGAAUGACAUCCGGGUAAAGGAGGCCGAGACUGAAGACCAGGAAGAGGAGGAAGAAGAUGAUAACGAAAUAGACAUCACGAGGGCGCUGAUAGUACCCAGCAAACGAGAGGACACUCAUCUCAAGCUGCGCUACUUCGAGUUCCAGAAACUGACUUUCUUUUGGAACCGAGACUACCAGUUCUUUCAGCUUCUGCAUGGACUGGACGUUGGCUGGACCAACGCAGCCUUCUACCGUGACUUUCCUGGGCUGACGGUCAAUCAGCAGUCCAGAAGGUGUUCGCUGUUUGGCCAAAAUCUCAUCGAUGUCCAAGUGAAAUCCUACCCAGUGCUAUUUGUGCAAGAGAUCUUGAACCCGUUCUACGUGUUUGAGAUAUUCAGCAUCGCGCUUUGGUUUGCCGAGCAGUACAACAGCUAUGCCAUCUGCAUCGUUAUCAUUCUCAUCAUCUCGCUGGGUGUCUCUCUCUACGAGACCAAGAGGCAAUCGGUCACAUUGCGUGACAUGGUGGCCCACCACUCAACUGUGACAGUGUGUCGCCUCGACGGAACUUGUGAGGUGAUGGAUUCCAAGUGGCUGGUACCCGGCGAUGUCAUUUUGAUUCCCCAGCAUGGCUGCGUCAUGAGUUGCGACGCUGUGCUGAUCAGCGGCAACUGUAUCGUGAAUGAGAGCAUGCUCACAGGUGAGAGCGUUCCCGUGACAAAGACCCCACUUCCCAACCCACCGUUCAGCGAGGCCGACGGGGUUCUUUACUACUCCCCAGAGACCCACAAGCGACACACGCUGUUCUGCGGCACUAAAAUCAUCCAGACGCGGUUCUACGGCAGUGGGAAGGUCAAGGCAGUGGUUGCGAGAACAGGUUUUCAAACACUGAAAGGUGACCUGAUUCGUACCAUUCUCUUCCCCAAACCUGUGGGCUUCAAAUUCUAUCGGGAUGCCCUUAAGUUCGUCGGCAUCCUGUCCAUAAUAGGCCUUCUUGGAAUGAUUUACAGCAUCGUAAUUCUUAUCUACAGACAGGCCGACACGAUGGACUCGGUCUGGAAGGUCCUAGACAUCAUCACCAUCUGCGUUCCCCCAGCCCUGCCGGCUGCCAUGACGGUGGGCACGGUCUACGCCCAGAAUCGCCUCAAGAAAAACGGCAUCUUCUGCAUCAGCCCUCAGCGGAUCAACAUCUGCGGCAAGCUGAAGUUGAUCUGCUUCGAUAAGACUGGUACCCUGACCGAAGACGGCCUGGAUCUGUGGGGAGUCCUGCCCCUGCAGGAUCAACAUUUCCUCCCCGUGGUGCAGAAUGCGGUCGACCUAGCGCCUGGGCCCUUCCUGGUCGCCAUGGCAACCUGCCACUCCCUGACGAUGAUCGAUGGGGAGUUGGUUGGCGACCCGCUGGACUUGAAGAUGUUCGAGGGGACCAACUGGAAUUUGGAAGAGCCAGGAAGCGACACAACGCGGUUCGACACCAUCAUCCCAACUAUCGUCAAGCCAAGAACCAGCGACACGUACCUGGCAGAAAACCCAGACAAGGUCCCUUACGAGGUUGGCAUCCUCCGGCAGUUCCCUUUCUCCUCAGGUCUCCAGCGCAUGAGCGUCAUCACCCGCACCUUGGGAGCCAAAAACAUGGAGGUCUUUGUCAAGGGCUCCCCGGAAAUGAUCGCAUCGCUGUCCGUCAAAGAAACAGUGCCCAUUGAUUUCUUGGAAGUUCUUCAGCGAUUCACCCAGCAGGGAUACCGUGUGAUUGCCCUUGCUUGGCGACCCCUUGACCCCAAGUUGUCUUGGCAUCACUCUCAACGCAUUGCAAGGAAAGAAGUUGAGUGCAACUUGAAUUUCCUUGGCCUGCUUGUGCUUCAGAAUGCAUUGAAACCGGAAACAACUCCAAUCAUCCAUGAACUCAUGAAGGCAGACAUACGCACUGUCAUGGUCACAGGUGACAAUAUGCUGACCGCCAUAAGCGUUGCAAGGGAUUGUGGGAUGGUGGACCCUAGGGCAAAGGUCAUUAUGGUGAAUGCGUCCCCACCCAGCGGUGAAGUCUCAGCCAGCAUCGAGUGGAGUUACGACACCACUCCAGAGAAAACUGUUGAUGAAAGCGGCAAGACAUCUACCACAGAUGUGCCAUUAUACAAUGGCAACAGUGCCAAAGUGUAUGAGGGUCAUUUCCACUUUGCUGUCACCGGGAAAUCAUUUGCUGUUCUCCGUGAGCACUUCCCGGACCUCAUGCCCAAGAUUGUUCAGCGAGGGACCGUGUUCGCGCGUAUGUCUCCAGAGCAGAAGACACAACUCGUAGAAGCCUUGCAGGACAUCAGUUAUUGUGUUGGGAUGUGUGGGGAUGGAGCCAAUGACUGUGGCGCCCUCAAGACAGCUCAUGCAGGCAUCUCUCUAUCCGAGGCCGAGGCGUCCGUGGCUUCCCCAUUCACCUCCAAGACCCCCAACAUCUCAGCCGUGCCCGUGGUUAUACGUGAGGGUCGUGCCGCCCUGGUCACGUCCCUGGGCGUCUUUAAGUACAUGGCCCUGUACAGCAUCAUCCAGUUUGCAUCUGUCAUCAUACUCUACUGGACCAAUUCCAACUUGGGUGACUGGCAAUUCCUGUACGUGGACCUUAUCAUCACCACCUCGGUAGCCACGCUCAUGGGGCUGAAUGGUCCCCAUCCCACCCUGGUCCGUAAGCGACCCCUGGGCAGUCUGGUGUCCCCGCCGUUCCUCAUAUCCAUCCUGAUCGAGGUGCUGCUGGUGUGCGCCAUCCAAACUGUGGCCUACUUCUCCCUGAGGUUCACCUCCUGGUGGAGCCCAACUGUUAUAAGCCCAGUUGCUGAAGACAACAUCCUCUCUUAUGAGAACACUGUCGUCUUCACCGUCUCUUCCUUCCAGUACAUGAUUCUCGCUGGGGCCUUCUCCAAAGGGGCCCCCUACAGGACCCCUAUUUAUAAGAAUGUCCUCUUCACGCUGGAUCUCAUCAUCUUGGUGUUACUAAGCACCCUGAUGCUCUUCCUGCCGGUCGCGCCCGGUGGCGUCUUACACUGGUUCCUCAUCGAGGUCAUGCAGCUCAAGCUUAUGUCCAAGGAGCACCUGCCCUACGUCUUCUUCCUCUUCGGUCUGGUCCUCCUCAACUUUGUCGUCUCCUUUCUCCUGGAGACGUUUGUCGUGGACAGCCAGCUGCUUCACGGCUGCAUCAGCCGUGUCCGCUGCAAGCGCAGACCCAAGAAUGUCUUCAAAUUGGUGGAGCGAGAGAUCCAAGAUGAUCCUGGCUGGCCGCCCGUGGGCGAGACGAUGACUGGAACGCCCCUGUCGGCCGAAAAAUUUGACCAAGUCCAGUUCCACGUUUCCUGACGCUAGGUUUGGGUUUCUCUCUAUGCACUGAAUUUCAUAUCUUUAUUAGUCACCCAACCUAGAAAAACAGAAACCGCAAGUAACCAGAACCAGUUUUGAGUUAGAAACCUCUGAAAUAAGCUAGCGCCGUGUAAAGUGUAAUACCCGUUUUCAUCAGUACACCAAACUGAGUCAUACAUCCAAACAAAGAGCUCAGUGCUUUCUAAUGUAAACCGGAACAAACUGAGCUGAAACUGGUUGUUCCUCUAAAACUUAAAAAUAAGUGUCAUUUGCUUUAAAGAUUAAUAUUAAUUUAAUUUAACAAGUUGUCAAUCUUUCCGCGCAAUCACUGCAGACAUUUUUCUACUAAAAGAUAUUUUUGAAAAUGUAUUUAUUUUUUACCUCAUGGUGCAUGGCACAGGUGUCAUUUUCAAAGAAAGAAUAAUGCAUGUAAGAUUUGUAAAUUAAUGCAAAUUGCACACAUGCACGACGAAAUGUUUUCCAAUUUUUUAAAAUGAUGUGGAUUGUUCAAAUUUUUGGAGGUUGCUGAAGAGCAAGGGUUAAUGUAGAGUAAGAUUUAGAACUCGCCGUUUGGCCUUUCAAACGGCAUUCUUGCUGUAGACAUAUACAUGUUUUUUGAGACUUGGAGCCUUUACAAUGCAUACUUUAAAAAAGGUUUAGUUUUUCUUUCUUUAAUUUUUGGUGCGAAUACUGAAGGAGGAGUGUGGAAAAUUCUUGUCGGGUUCGUUAUCAUUUUGUUUGCCUCAUUGAACAGGUGUACAAGCGUGUGCACUUCGCCAAUACCGAGCACCCAUCGGCUAAUUGACCUGUCGUGGUUGAAUCGCUCCAGCGCAGUUUCUAAAAUAUUGUCCAAUUUAUGCAUGAUACGCAGAUGGACGCUGGACGCGGCAAAAUCUAAGACAAACAAAAACUCAUGUGCAAACUUCCUUAGGGUUGUCUUAAGGGUGUGGCCAACUCACCGACGGCAGUAGGUUAAUAGGCCAACCCCGCACACGUGUACGCAGGCGUGGUCUCGUGAAGUCAGGAAGUCACGUGAAGGAAUAUUUGCUAGUCUAUGCCGAGCUCAAGUCAUUUGAUACAGUCACAGGUCAAGUCACAAGUCAUUUGGUCACAGGUCAUGUCAAGUCACAAGUCAUUUGGUCACAGGCCAUGUCAAGUCACAAGUCAAUUUGGUCCAAACACAAGCAAGUCACAAGACUUUUUGUCCAAGCACAAGUCAAGUCGCGCGAUGUGUGAUUGCAUGCCACAGUCAAGUGAUUCAGACGUGGUCAUGGGCAGACAAGGCCAAAGUAGAAGUCGCGAGCCGAAAGAUUUUAAGAUUAUUUUAAGAACGCAGGGCGUAAGUUGAUCAUAGUUUAAUUUAAAACUUCAAUGGGUUCGAUUGAGUACAAGUCAUUUUUUCGCAAGUCCAAGUCAAGUCACAAGUUAAAAAACUGUUAGUUAUACAAGUCAAGUCACGAGUCACAAAAAUAGCGACUUGAGUCCAAGUCAAUUGACUCGAGUCCAAGUCAAUGACUCGAGUCAACAACUCUGCUGAAUGCACUCCUGAAAAUCAUUGGCUUGUGCUUACAUACAAAUAGGGGCUUUAAACAUUUCAAAAUGUAGCCACCGAUGGUGUGUAGCGCCACGCGGUGAAAGUUAGCUCACUUUGUGAUGAAUUCUUUACAGACCACUAGUCAGGUUACUACAAUAUCGAUUUGUAAAGUCUUUCAUUCCAGUAGCUAGAUAUUUAAAGGGAGCUGCCAUUGAUCUACUUAUUGGUGUACUGAUAAAGCCCAUUUAGCUUAGUAAUCUGUGUCAGGUCGCCAAAUCAUUUUAUAAUUUAAGACAAGUCUGUACAUAAUUACAACAGAAGGAUGUAUUUAUGUUAUUUCGCUUUUGCUCGAUUGAAACGUGGUAAUUUCAUUAUCGAAAUUAAUUUCUUUUUAGCUGGGCUGAAAGCUUUGUGGGUUGAGUAUCCGCCCCGAGUUGGAAGUGCACCCCUUAGUGGCAAAAAGAGAGAUAAAUGGUAGUAAGUUUUCCAAGCGGGUUCUUGCACGCGUUCUGCAUGUACGCACAGACCAUACAUUAAGCAUAGACCUAUAUCAGAAGAUAUCUUUGACAUGAAGAAAUUAUAUUCGUUACGAGUACUCAGCGUGCUCCGCGUCAAACGCGAGAACGCGCGCGUAUGCGGUGAGUACCCUCUGUUGUUGCGCAGGAGCGGAUUCUGUGAGCGUCUUCGUCAAAGUAUUCACUGAAUUUUCUCCAUAUAAACCCAAAGGCAGAGAAUAUGGUCACGUGGUGAGUUGUGGUAACCACAUGGUCAAAAGAUGCUGAUCACAGCUAUGGCUGUGGCUAAAGCAUACGUCUGUAGGAAUUGCCUGCCGCCGCAUUAAUGCACGCGUUGCCAUUGAAUAGCCAGAGCCAUAACCCGUGCAGGGCUCUCUCAGUCAUGGAAAGUCCCGAAGAACCCGGGAAAAAGGUUGUGCCCGAAAAGUCAUGAAAAAAUUUGGGGGAAAAUAGAACGUCCUUGACAAAAUAGAGGACGCUUUGAUCUUAGUCAAAGGUGCUGUUUAAAAAACAGUUGUUAUUAUUACUGUUUUCGUCAUUAUUAAUCCUUUUGUCGGGGGAAAAGCCGUUGGAAACCUCUCGGGAAAAGGCACAGGUUAAGAUCAUGUAAGGGUUAUUUUUUAAUGGGCCGCUAAUGAUGUGGUAAUGGAAUAACGAUAAAUUUACGGGCUCUCCUCAGUUUUUAGUAGUGACUAUGCCAGUGUUUCAUCUCCUAAUAAAUGUGUCGAUGAAUGUCAUGGAAAUGGUCACAUUUUAGUCCUAGAAAAUUCCUGACAUUUGGUUUUCAGAUUUCUGUGGGAACCCAGUCUUAUGCGGAGCAUUUCGUUUCGCAUUGUCUCUUGUCGGUCAUAUACAUGCAUAUUUAUCUGCAUUUGUUAUGUAAGACAUUACACAGACAAGUUUUUGUUUUGUUAGAAUAAGAAAUACGGCGCCCUAGAGUUCGCUGCAUCGACUGUUUAAAAAACGUGUACCUUGCGUCUUUUGAUGACUACACACUUGUCCACGGGGGGGGGGCGGGGAUCUGAGGGUACGUAGAAUGAGAUCUCUCAUUAAGAUGUCCAAAUUGAAAUUUUUGUGAUCUGAGCACUGUCCCUUUUGUAGUGCAUAACAAAUCGGUUCCGUGGGACGUCGCAGUCUGUCUUUGAAGAACCUCAUUAGGUUCACAGUGUUCUGGGGAAAGAAUAGUUAAUGACUCUUUUAAUGUUGAAGCUUCGUUUUCGCAAAACAGCACAGACGAUGGUAAGGAGUCGUUGACUCGGACGUAGAUGUUCACAUGUACUCUGUUCUAGCAACAAAUUUGUAUUCACAACUAAAUUUUGAUGCGAAACAUCUGCCGACUGUGUGCCGUAUUGUCAUCAGAGUUCUGUUAAUUAAUUCGUUUCCUUACGGUAAAAUUGCUGGAAGUGGGUAAUCAUCAUUUCUGCUCUAAGCUUUAGCUCUUAAGUCUCCAUGGCGCGAUGAGAGUGUUCGUGGCCAAGUCCACAAAAGCGGUAUAAAAUCCUCUAUAAAACGCCAGCCAACGAAACAACUUCGCAAGGAGCCAGACAUGAUUCCCAGCGUUAAAAACGCGUUUUAAAAGCCGCGGCUUAAAAAAAAAAAACCCGCACGAUUCCGACAGGACCACCAGCGUCGAUUUUAUGUUAAACCUUUCAGGAAAGCUGCGGCCGCAUUCAUAUUUUUUAUUUCAGAAUUUAAAUGCGAAAAUAUUUUGUGAUAGGGCAGAAGAUCGAAAAUGUUUUUCAUCUCUACCAGAAGAAAUCAAAACUAACUGGGUAUGUUUGAUGCAGUUAACUUUAUAGUGUUUUGGGGGCUCGACUGGCUAUUUUGGCUGUCAUCAAUAGUGUCAUGCUUACUGAUAUGAAGGUAGGGUUCUUUUGAAGAAUAUUUAGUGAUUUAUAGCAUUUGUAACAUUAGUAUACGUGUAGAUACAUUUUUAUGUAAAUUAGAUAUAAAAGACCUUGGGUGUGAACAUCGAUAUGUUAGAUCACGUGCGGAACUAUAUUUUUAAAUUACAUUUUCUCUGGGUAAAUUUUGAAUUAAAACUUGCUGAAUGAAAGACUGACUUCAA